CUGGGUGGCUGUUCCACUCGCCUGUUAAACAAACUACAGCUCGUACAAAAUGCAGCAGCUAGAGUUCUUACUAGAACUAGGAAGUAUGACCAUAUUAGCCCAGUUCUGUCAACACUGCAUUGGCUUCCUGUUAAACAUCGUAUAGAUUUUAAAAUCUUGCUAAUUACUUACAAAGCACUAAAUGGUUUAGCUCCCCAGUACCUGAGCGAGCUCUUAAUGCAUUAUAGUCCUUCACGUCUAUUGCGAUCUCAGAAUUCAGGCCAGCUGAUAAUACCUAGAAUAUCAAAAUCAACUGCAGGCGGUAGAUCAUUCUCCUAUUUGGCACCUAAACUCUGGAACAAUCUUCCUAGCAUUGUUCGGGAAGCAGACACACUCUGUCAGUUUAAAUCUAGACUAAAAACGCAUCUCUUUAACCUGGCAUACACAUAACACAUUAUCAAUUUAUUUUUUCAAAUCCGUUAAAGGAUUAUUAGGCUGCAUAAAUUAGGUCAGCCGGAACCGGGAACACUUCCUAUAACACCAGAUGUACUCAUUACAUCAGAAGAAGAAUGGCAUCUACGCUAAUAUUAGUCUUUGUUUAUCCCGAGGUUCACCGUAGUCAACCGGAUCCGGGCCGUAUCCAGGUGAGACCAAGGACCUGCACCUUGACACGACCACAACGCAGCCCUGAAGUAUCAGCAGAGAUUGAGUCAACUAGAUCAUCCCCUGUGAAGGCCUCAUCGACACGACAGCCACGACACAGUUCCUCAACAACCGUCCAUACCGGCGUGAUGAAUACGAUCCUCAAUUGGAUGGAACUGAAAUAAAUACUUUUAAUGUUGCGAUCCUAUUGGACUUAUGAUAGCAACCUGAAUUGUAACAAAGCACUGUUGGCCAGAGGAGAACUGGCACCCCGACUAAGCCUGGUUUCUCCCAAGGUUUUUUUCUCCAUUUUAACACCAAUUUGCCACUUGUCUGCCACCUGAUGUCACCUGAUGGAGUUUGGGUUCCUUGCCGCUGUCGCCUCUGGCUUGCUUAGUUGGGGACACUUGACUUGACAUUUGAUAUUCAACAGUGCUUUGAUCUGCCUGCAUUGACACUAUUCUUUAAGAGCUGCUGUGCAGGCAAACAAUGUACCAGUUAUCAAUGUAAAGCUGCUUUGACACAAUCUACAUUGUAAAAAGUGCUAUAUAAAUAAAGGUGACUUGACUUGACUUGACUUAAGUAUGAAUGCUGCCAUCCGAACCCUGGUGUGCACUAAAUAAGCGGACCGAGAAUCCUGAAAAGGUAAGUCUUGGUCCACUUCCAAAUGAACUCUGUUGCAGUUUAACUGAAAUAUGAAUACAACACGGACCAAAGACAUUUAAACAAACCAAAAACAGAAUGUGAUGUCACAAGAUGCGAGCCUAAAAAGGACAGAAUGCUGAAGCAGCAAGGGGGCCAAGAUGGCGCUGUGAUAGGUGGACGCGUUCUUAACGUCUCGUCAGGAAAUUUUGAAAUAGAACGAUUAUAUAGCUAUUAUAAUAUAAGCAUUGCUACUUAUGAACGUGUAAGUGAUUGCGCUCUUUACAUUACCCUCCUUGUGCCAAUUUAUCUAUGGGUAGAAGGAAAAAUAGACAAACUUCCAACGUGACAGCACAUGCGCCUAUGUCAACUAUGGAGCCUGUUCAAAAUGUUGAUGGAAACGAUAACACCGUUUCCUCCGUGGAAUUGAUUUCGGAAAAUAUAGAGGAACAUAACUGGUUCGAUUCACUCCCAGAUUUGAGUGAUCUCCUUGCUACUCCCCUGCCUGAAACUCCCUUAAAACCCCUAUCAAAGAAAACAAAACGGGAACAUAUGGAAAGUAACGACUCUUCUGCGGAAAUUCUGGAGGCCAUUUGCGAGCUUUCUGGCAAAUACGACAAGAUGUUUCAGAAAAUUUCUGCAAUUGAUGCAACGAUAGGAUCUACAGCUAAGCAGAUUGAGACUUUGUCGUCAACUGUUGCUCAACUUGUUACCGAGGUAGCAUCGCACAAGGAGUCUCUGAGAGUUGUGGCGAUGGAGAUUCAGGUGCUACAAAAGGUGAAUAAAACCCUGAAGGAAGAGGUGGAUGAAUGUAAGCGCUACACUUGGAGAUGGACAUUAAAGCUACAUGGUGUGAGAGAGAAGGAUGGCGAGGAUGUCCGGAAAGCUGCAAUUGAGGUCCUUAGCAACAUAGUUCCCGGUAUCAGCGACAACCUUGAGGAUGCAGUUGACAUUGCACAUCGCCUUGGCCAGAGAAGAAAGGAUGGUUCCCACAGAUCCAUCAUCAUACUUUUUGCUCUGCGUCGUUUUCGUGACCUUGUUUGGCAAGCUGCCAGAGGCUGCAAAUUUCUCCUCGAGAACAAGUUGCGACUCACGGAAGCCCUUUCACCAGAAGAUAGGGCUGCCAGAGAAAAACUUUGGCCCCUUGUUAAGAAAGCCAGAGAUGAGGGAAAGAAAGCCUCCUUUCGCGGUUCAUUUGCCUUAAUUGACAGGAAAAGAUUCAACUACUCUGAUGUAAAAUAGUUUCUGCGGUAGGCCUAUGCUCCUUUAAGGGAAUAUACAAGGUACUAUGCUGUUUUUUUCUUUUUCGUUUUACGUUUGUGUGACUCACCUACACUUGGAGUUUAUCUAAUUGACUCUUACUGUUCGCUCCUAUUAAUCCCCUGGGCAACGAAUUUUGUGAAAUUCUUUUUGUUCCUCCUCUCGUUGAGCCGCUAAUUUUGUAAUGUACAUAACUACGGUUGGCUAUAUAAUGACACUUCUCUUCCUUUUGGUUACCUAAAAUGCUUAAUGACAAACAAGGCGGUGAAGUGAAUUUUCUCAAAUUUAAUGUUUGUGAAUUAUCUUUGGUUAUAUAUUGUUCCUAUUUCAAAAAUAGAAUUUGUUAGUGUUUGUUCAAAUAUAAGAGGUACUAGAAUUGUUUUCUGUGUUUAAUGGAUUUUAAGUUUAAUUCUUUUUCUGUUAUAUCCUUAAAUGUAAGGGGUUUACGUGACGCAGUAAAGAGGAAAGCUGGUUUUUUUUGUAAAAGCAGUGAGUCGGAUAUAAUUCUUCUUCAGGAAACACACUCGUGUGAAAUGGAUGUAAAAUUUUGGAAAAAUCAAUGGGGAAAUACAAUUUACUGUAGCCAUGGCUCUAGUCAUUCUGCUGGAGUUUCGAUUUUAUUGCAUAAGUUUAAAGGGCACAUACUAUGAGUGGAGUCUUCCGAUGAAGGCAGAUGGAUUAUUUUAUCGCUUCAGCAGGAUAACUCAAUCUUUACUAUUUGUAAUAUUUACGGGUGUAAUUCUCGAUCAGCCAACAAGUCUCUCUUUUCUCAGAUAACCUCUAAAUUGAAAGAAGUACUUACUAAGUACCCAGACUCUUUUGUGAUUUUGGGUGGGGAUUUUAAUGAAUGUGUGGAUGAUACCUUUGACAGAUUUCCUCCCAGAAGCAACGAUAGCCUGCUUUUAAAUAUUAACAUUUUAUCAAUAUGCGCAGAAUUUUCUCUUACAGAUAUAUGGCGUUUUUUUCACCCUGAGAUGCAGGAAUAUACUUGGUCUAAUAGUAAUAUGUCCUCCCAAUCAAGAAUUGACCUCCUCUUGAUCUCUUCCUCAGCUCUUCAAUUUGUUAUAGAUGUUUCUCAUUCUUUUGCACCCCUCUCAGAUCAUAAACAAAAGUCUAAAAUUGUGUAGCAACACUGAUAAAAUUCCAAAAUGACGCGGUUAUUGGAAAUUUAAUAAUUCUCUCCUAAAAGAUGCUUCCUUCAAUGAUGGUAUUAAGAACUUGUUUUCAGAUAUAUUUUCUAAAAAAUGUAGUGAUGGUUAUAAAGCGAAAUGGGAAAUCCCUUUCAAGGGAACUCGCGCUGCGUAGUCGCUAUGGGAACGCCUCUGCGUGAUGUCGUCAUGAAGCAUGUAUGAAAUCUGUCCAAUUAGUAGACGGAACGUCAUAGGCGGGUGGCAUCACUGACCAGGAACUAUAAAGCCAGCCCGAAAACACUCUCAUUCAGCUUCUGUGUCUUCA